GAGUCCAUCGCGAGACAGGCGCAACUUCAUACCACCUGAACAACCAUCGAUGCGAAACUCUACAAACUUAUUAGCUACCAAAGAAACACUAUAAGACAACACAUUAUGGCGUCCUGGUACUCUAACCUCGUCCAGAAGACAUCUUCUCAAAUCUCCUCCCUCCGCCAGAAUCUCCUCUCCGGCGAACAAGACGGCGACACCGAAGACGAUACUCACGUCUGCCGUGUUCUCCGUGGCUAUUAUACAGAAAAGGGGCGCCCAUUCCCCUCAUGGCUGCCCCCGGAUCCCAAGGCCCCAGCCCAACAACCCAUACAGCCUGUCAUGACACCACAAGCCGGCCAACGCCUCGGCGCUCAAGGACAGCAACACGGUGGUCUGAGUAGUCUAUGGGACAACGGACCGCAACAGCCACAACAACAAGCACCUCAGAGUCUUCGGGCUGGAGGUGGACGAACACCUGCAUCGUUGCAACCUGGCGGCGGCGGCGGCGGCGGCGGUGAUAUCAAUAGGCGACCACUGCCAAGUCAGCAGCGCGCGGGUAGCUACCAGAACACGGGCGGUCAAUUUGGUAGGCCCGAAACGGCGAGCGUGCCACCUGGUGGUGCUUCGGGAGGUGGAGGUGGAGGAUCUGCGCAGGAUAGAUUGCGACAGAGGCUUUGGGGAGGAGGAUCGCGAACAACGAGUCCUCAGGCUGGAAGUCAAGGACCAUUCAACCCUCCCGGCGGAAAUAAUGGUGGUGGUGGCGGCGGCGGCGGUUAUGAAGAUCGAUUUGCGCCAGGCGGAAUGUAUGAUCAAGCAAGUGGCGGCGGCAACGCUGGAUUGAGGAGAGGAGGCUUGCCCAGUGGACCAAGGGGAUACAGAUAAAGCCCGUUCUAGAAAGAAGAAGUGAAGCAUACCUUGGAUGUCUGGCGUUUACGUUCCUUGAUAGGAUAGAGCGGCGUUUUACCUGGUAAUGCGGACUUUUGUUUACUCGAUAUUAUGCCCUGUAC